AUGUCGAACUCUCUGGGAUCGUUUCUUCUGGCAGGGCUGAUGCAGCCUCUUCUCGGCACCAUCCAGAACUGGACGUCGAAGAAGCGCAAGGAGCGAGAAGAUGAAUUCGACGACAGCACCGGAGGCGUCUGCGGGCUUCGCCCUGCGGCGGGGGGUGCAUCCGGAGGGCGAGGCCUGCGGCGAGCGGCGGUUUCCAGGGUUCCCUCAGGCUGCUUGCUGCGGCAAGGCGGCAGAAUCAUUCCGUUGGACAGUGCCCCUGAAGGAGGCAGCGGCCGAGCCAACCUUGCGGGCCUAUCGGCGGCGUCCAGGUCGGGCGCGCCCGCCGCCAAGAGACGCCGAGGCUCCGCCGGAAAAAGACUGAAAGCAUCAAGUGGAGGCCUUCAGACCAGCGAGGGACCUGAGAACUCCGCGGAGACGGCGCUUGGCCUCCCCGCCAACGGACAAGAGCGGCAGGACGCCGAGGCGAAGACGAAACGCGGCAAGGCACCAAAGAGGAAGCUGAAGAAAGGACCACAGAAAGAUGCGAUUUCCGAGUUGACAGGAAGCGAGAAUCGAAUGGUGCCGGAACAGGAAGCUUUACAUGAGCGGGCUCUGCAGGCUUCCGAAAGAGCGCUUCUCUGCGCAGAAAAUGGCCCCCGCGCUGCCCUCUCCGUCUCUGCCUCGAGACUCGCUGGGUCGUCCGUGCCCGCCGACGUGGGGGGAUCGAGUCACGUAAGAAGCGCUUCGACGGAUGGCUUCUUGAGGGAGGCACCGGGAGAGGCAGCUGCGAGAAACGGGUCGGCAGUCUCCUCGGCGCCUCCUCUCCUCCCCAGUGGACCCACGCUCCAAAAAUACGGGCGGCCAGGGAGUUUCGCGACCGCAGCAUUCCCGUCUGUUCUUUCCGCGUCCUCGGCGUUGUCGGCUCCCAGUUCUUCGUUCCUUCUCACACGUACCACCAGCGAUGCUGGAGAGAGAGAAAGAGACCUCAGGCGACCCCAACCCGCAUCCCUUCCUUCGUCUCUCGAUUCGCAGGUGAACCAGCGCGACGAUCUUCCAGGAUCCGCCUCUCUGCGUCUCCUUGCUCAGCCAAUCGAUAAGCCAGUUCCGCGAAGCGACAUUAGCGCCGCAGACGGCGGCCUUCGCUUUGCAGGCGACCGAGGAGAGGGUGCAGCCCCUAAUUUCCAAAUAGGGAGAGAAGCGGACGAGAAGGGCAGCAACUCGCAGCUCUCGCGAUUCCUGCGGCCGCUGUCGUCACUGAGCGCCGCGUCGUCUUCCACCGCCGCGUCCGCCAAGACCUGUGGGACUAGCCGAAGCGCUUCCUCAGCCUGCGAGUCCUUCUCGUGCGCGCCCGACGCCGGGGCCCAAGAGAUUGUCUCUUCUUCGAUGCCAAGCACCGGCCUUCGGGAGGACGGAGUGAAGCUGACGAAGAACGUCUGGGGCUUGUUUGGUGAGGGCGCGCGAUUACAUGGCGAGGAGACUGUCGACUCCUGCUGCGCUGGACACCAGCUGAGCGCGCAGAACAGAGACUUAGCUUGCGAUGUGAGCCGCGGAGGCGAGGACAAGGAGAAUCAAGCCCUGCAAGACGACGACGGCUGUGGCGAGUCACGGGAGAGGACUGAGGUGUUUGGCCAUCGCGUUCUCCGUCCUCUCCGAAGCAAAAACCUUCACGAAAACUACGACGCGCUGAUCGACAUUGUCGCCUUCGCCAAACGCAGGUGCGAGAGGGAGACGAUGGAGCUGCUUCGCAAGGACGUGCAGAUUCUGUACUAUGCGCGAGGCCUGCACCAUCCGUCCCACGUGAAGACGUUUCAGAGGCAGCACGACCACGCGCAGGGCUCGGUCGCGCCUGCAGUCCCGCCGUCGGCUUCGGCAAGCUCGUCGUCUCUUCCGUCAGUCACUGCGGCGCUGGCGGCAGGAGCGCAUCCGCACAGCUGUCCCUCGUGGGCCACGCGCGAGGAACUGCGCGCCGCUGUGAGGCGGCAAGACGAGUUGAAUCCCUUCACGGUGUUUGGCGAGGCACCCCCCGAGUUGGUGUUGUCGGAGAUUUACGACCAGCGCCACUACACGCACGUCUCCGCCCAGACGCGCGCCUCCCAUCCGGUGAUUUCUCGGCUCGCCGCGACGCACAGUUCCGGCGACGCGACCCGGGCCCAAGACGACGAAGAAGAACGGCAGCACGAUCUGCAGAAGCGGCAGCUGCAGGACUCGCUGAGGGAGCGGACCGCGCGGCGAGAAAUCACGCCGGAGGAAGCCAAGCGGCUGUGGAUGGAGGCUAUGGAGGAGUUCCAGCGCAAGAGAGCCGAACGGGGAGCUGGGCGAGGCAGGGACGCGGUGUCUCAGGCCAUUCAACAGGAGCUGGUGAAGUACGGCUUCGCUCGCCAACUCGACGUCAGCGUCUUCCGCGAGAGGCUGCUGCCCGCGCUCGAGGCCUGGUGGAAGGGACAGUGCGACGUCGAGCUGGACUGGAGACACGACCCGCUUACCAGCGAAGAGUGCGUCUGGUACGCCGAAGCGAUGCAGGCGCUGACCGACGCCACUGAAGUUAUGACCGUCAAGCAGCUCUGCUUCUGCCCGACGCCGCCGCCGUACAAGCCCUGGUCGUGGACCGACAGCCGCUUUCGUCUCAGGCAGAAAACCGAGGCUCGCAAGCGCGAACGCGCCCUGCGGCAGCGAAGGCGCUCGGAAGAGGAUCGCCAGGGGCAAGUCGAACGCGAAGCCGCACUGGCAGCGCAGGAUCCCUGGAAGGUGGCGCAAACUCCGCCCGCCUCGGGGUUCUGCCAGGGAGCAGACGGCAGAGGCUGCAUGAGCGCCAGGAAGCGGUCGCGAGCUCGUGGGAGAUGCGCAGGCGAAGGCAUCGCGCGACAGAAGAGCAGCGAGGCAAAGGGCGUCCAAGAAGGCGCGGCGGGCAGCGCGUUUCUGCUCACGUACGGCCCUGGCGACGAAGGCCGCACGCUGAGUCACGCAGCGCUAGGGAGAGAAGAGAGGCUCGGUCUCGCCGGAGGAGGCGCGAGAGGCGACAAUGACGCCAGCUACGACCCUCUCUCCGAGGGCUCGCCGAUCACACCUCAGAUACGCCGAGGCGUCGGCGGACAGCUUGUGGUGAUCACACGCCGCGCCGGCCUCUCUCAGGAGCACGCCUCCCGGGGGACAGGUGCUGAGGGUCCUUCAGGAGCUUGCGAUGUGACAGGCGACCGCGAAUCGAAGCGCCUGAAGCCCAGCACUGCAGGCGGCACUACGCCGGCUUCUUUUUUUCCAACUAAAGUGCCGAGCUCUUUCGCACCCGCGGUUUCCUCGGCGUCCUCCACUUCCGGAACCUCGACCUGGCACUUUUCUUCCGCCUUUCUGGGAGCGAAGAGCCAGGGGCUCAUGGACUCCCGAGAUGCCGGCGUUGCCAAUUCUGCCUCCGCGGCGUGGGCAGCGGCGAAGCACCGCGGUGCGCGCGCCUACCACUGCAAUACUCCGCCGAAGAAGACGGGAAUGCGUUCGGCUUUGGAGAGACGCGCGGCGGCGACGGCCGCAGCCGCGGCGGCGGCAGUGACGAGCUGGACGGGAAGUCGGCCUCAUAUGUCUCCGGACACCGCGAUCAGGAUGUCUCCUGGCUUUUUUUCGAACAAAACGCUUCCAGCCACGCAGUGGUGGCCGCGGAGUCAGGCUUUCAAAGGCUCCCAGCUGUUCUCGCCGUUUUCCACCGCAGUGAACGGCGGCAAAGACGCGAAAGCGCCGUCAGCCUUUCCCGGGCUCUCUCAGGAGGCUCGAGCGCUUGGACAGAAGUUGCCAGCAGCGACUGGAUCAGGGUCCCGCGCCGGACUGGCGUCCGCUGCCGCGCGGCCAGCUGAAGGCCUGUGGACAAGAAUGGAACAGGCUGCGGCGCGGCAAGCGGGAAAGAGUGUCUACUGCCGCCCUUUGGCUGCCGCUCCAAAAGCUCGUCUCUCGAUCGGCCGCGUGUACGGGGUCAGGCACGACUUGGGUCGGGCUCCGUACUCAUAUUGGUCUGCAUUUGCAGACUCACGGAAUGCCCUUCGCGCCACCGGCACGUUGGCAGGAGAGGGCGCAGAAGCUGCGGGUCCCAUGCGAAGGCGGUCCAAAGGCCGCGCCGAGGGGGGGCAGACGAACGAAGGCAGCUGUGGCCGCCUGUGA